AUGAAAGCUUCUCACUCAAUCGUCGGUCUUCCACUACAUUCAGAUGUGAUUCGGUAUACAAUAGAUAUAAGUAACAGUGAUGUUGUACGUGAAAAAGGUAUAGCUAGUAAUCUUCGCCAAUUAAAACUCAACGCGGAUGCUAGAUUACAUCCAACAGCGUGUAUUGCUCUUGAUUCUAUCCGAAACUUAGAAUCGGUUCAGUGCGCAUAUGAAGGGCAACAACUUCUGCUACUUACAUUUGACUCGGAAGCCAAUGCUAACCUCAUAUUUAACAAAUGGAAUAUAUCAGGUGCUGAAUAUGUCAAUGGUGGUCCAGAAUGGGGUUGUCUCAAUUUAACAACACAACAACCGGCAGUAAUUUUCGAACGAAUCUCAAACUUUCGGUUGAAAGAUAAAUAUAUUUUCAUAGAAACUUUCAAACAUGCUAGCAAUAGUCCAUUUCUAUGCUUCGCCAAUAUCUCGAUGCACUUAGUAUUAGAACAUGGUAGUAUGAUAACGUCACCCCCGCCACCGUCGUCACACUCACCAUCAAAACGACAGGUAGAAGUUCCUACUCCCAGGAGUACAUGUAUAUUUUGUUCGUGGAGUCUUCGUCCGCUAAACCCUAGUGGAGGUCAACUGUUUCUUCCGGGACAAACGGUAACUGUGAGUUGGUCCUAUUCGAAUAUUGAUGAUACUACUAAGUUGAAAAUCACCCUUUACAGAAAGCAGCUUCUAGUAGAUGCUUCAAUAAGCACCAUAACUACUCAAAUCAAUACUGUCCAAUCAUCCUUCGUUAUCCCUGCUAAUUUAGCAACAUCGCCGUAUGAUCAGUAUUACUUUCAAUUUGGCUUUUCCAGUUUAUUGAUAUCUCAUCAGAACACGAGCGCAACAUUCUAUAUUCCGACACAACCAUCAAUCAUUCCAGGAACAACACCCGCUAUUAACAAUGUGUUUUAUCCUGGUGAUAUAGUUCCAUUAUCAUGGCAAAGUGUAAAAUUUCCAGCGGCAUCACAAGUUACUGUAUAUUUCAAAAGAGCUCGCCCGAUAAUACCAGAUGUUACAUUAGCUACCUUUACAGUAUUGGCUAUUGCAAAUUCGUAUAACUACACGAUUCAAUCGACGUUAGAUAAUGCAGCUAAUGAUAAAUAUUACUACUUCGAGUUUAACUAUUGCACUUCGUUGUUCUCGUUGAACUGCAUAAAGACUACAAAUAAUUUUUUUGUAAUAACUCGGCCGCAUGUAAUUCCAACAUUUCCACUUGCUGGUGCUUCGUUCUCACCAUCCCAAUCAGUGACACUCACGUGGACUAGUGCCAACUUUGUAGGCAUCAAUAAUGUACUCACGAUCACACUUCGGCAUUAUAAUUAUUUAUUACCCGACAGUGAUACCGAUACGUUUACAUGUACCGUUCAGUCAAGCGGCUCGUGUUCACGAACGUUGCCAGCUACUGGAAUAUCUCUCGCUGGUUAUUAUUUUGAGUUUAAUUGGUGUCAGCAUUGGUACUCGACGGGUUGUACAGCGCACAGUAAUAAGUUUACCAUUUCAGCCCACGCCGUUGGGUCAUGGAACUAUGAUGCACAACAUGGUCAAGCAUUGGCACCGAAAGCACUUCAUUUCUCUUCAUGUCCUAGUUUGUGUCCUACACGUAACAUUGCAUUGGCAUACCUUUGCAACAUUUGCGCUAAUAGACUACUCCUGGAAAUGCAAGUUAAUUGCACAAACUGUUGGGCUACCUUUGAUUACAGCCUUGUUGAAAUGGAUAUCUUACACACAGGUAAUUCCACAUCAUUAGACAAAAUAGCAGUGCGCAUGAAUUCAAGCGUUUCAGUGAAUCUUGAUUUUAUUCUUCGGGUCAAUUUUCAACUUGGUAUUCUGGGCCUGUAUGAUAUAACACCCAUACCUAUUGGACCAUCAAUUAUGAUUCCCCUUGGAUUCACUACAAUUACCUUAGGAUUUUUCUUUGCUCCGUCAAUAUUAUGGAACAUCACAGUUGACGGAAUCGGAAACCUAACUGCUGGUAUCAAUUAUCAGUGGCAAUCGAAUUUGGCGUUUGUCAGCACUCCUGGUAAUACGAGUUAUCAGUAUGAGCAUAGUUUAUCACGGAAUAUGCAUCCAACCCAGGGAAAUAUUCAAGGAGAUCUUGAUGUUGAUCUUGCUUUUCGGCCCGCAAUAGAGUUUAGUAUCGGCUUGUUUGUAAUUGCAUUAGGCACUGAAGGUUACAUUGCAUUUGAAUCUGCAUGGAGAUAUCCGCCUUUCUCUGCUCUUUCAACAACGACCUUCGAUUGGGAUCCCAGAGAAAUAGCACCUUUUCAUCUUUCAUUUCCAACAAAUGCAUGCCUAACUACUCAUUAUAUUCAAUAUCAUACGAAUUAUGGUAUUCGCAAUACCGAUAUAUCCAUCACCUUUGAUAUACUUGACGCCCGCGUCAAAGCUUUUACCGGUUUAGAAUUAUCAUUAAAAACACAGUCUUUUUUCGAUAUUGGGCCCUAUGAAUUAACUUCUGGUUGUAUGUAUCCAGUUUAUCCGAAUACUAACCCAUCACAAACAAUAUAUUUAGUUCUCAACAGACAAUUCAAUUCGAUAAAUGACACAAAUAACAGAUAUUUAUCAAGUGUAGUAGUUACUGAUUUAGCUAAUGCGCUUAACAUAUCACAAAUACGAAUUUACUAUAACAGUACAUUCAGUGUUCAACAAAAUCAGAUGACAGGCAUAAUGAUCGCACUUUUACCGUCGAAUUCUGUCUCCACUAGUGAACCCACCGUCGCAAUAACGGUAAAACUAUUUCAAGACGAAAUUAAAAAGUUAAAUUCACUUCUCUAUUCUGGUAUUGUAACAAAAUUAGUUAAUCCUUUCCAAACAAACAUUAUGAAUCACUUCAAUUGA